CCCGGCAUUGGGGGAGGGGUGCGGGGUCGCAGGGACAUUGGGGGUUCCCGGCCACCCCAAAUCCUUAGGCAGGGUGUGCAGUACUUUUGGCGGUCAGAAUCCGGGCUUCUCGUUUGUCCUGAACGGCACUACCAGGGCGGUGGAAGCAGAGAUGGCGGAGGGCGGUGGGAGGAGAGGCGUCUAGUCUUGCUGGCUCAGCAAGCCCGAUAAGCAUGAAGCUGCUGUGUUUGGUGGCUGUGGUGGGGUGCUUGCUGGUACCCCCGGCGCAAGCCAACAAGAGCUCUGAAGAUAUCCGGUGCAAAUGCAUCUGUCCACCUUACAGAAACAUCAGCGGGCACAUUUACAACCAGAAUGUGUCUCAGAAGGACUGCAACUGCCUGCAUGUGGUGGAGCCCAUGCCGGUGCCUGGCCAUGAUGUGGAAGCCUACUGCCUGCUCUGCGAGUGUAGGUACGAGGAGCGCAGCACCACAACCAUCAAGGUCAUUAUCGUCAUCUACCUGUCUGUGGUAGGGGCCCUCUUACUCUACAUGGCCUUCCUGAUGCUGGUGGACCCUCUCAUCCGAAAGCCGGAUGCCUAUACUGAGCAGCUGCACAAUGAAGAGGAGAAUGAGGAUGCCCGCUCCAUGGCUGCCGCCGCCGCAUCCAUUGGAGGACCCCGAGCAAACACCGUCCUGGAGCGGGUGGAAGGCGCUCAGCAGCGAUGGAAGCUGCAGGUGCAGGAGCAGCGGAAGACGGUCUUCGAUCGACACAAGAUGCUCAGUUAGAUGGUUGCCAUGGCAGCGUCAGGGACCCAGACCUCGGCUACCAGCUUCUGGGGCAGUCUUCCCUGGGUCUUCCCUUCAAAUGCCCGUGGCAUUUGUCCUUCUCCCUCUCUAGAAAUGUACUCGACUGUUAUAACUAGGGAGUGGGAUUGGGUCUCUGGUCUCUAGUGUCUCUGUAGGUCUCUGGGGUAGAAGGGAGGGAAAGGAAGGCAGAAGAGAACAGAGACGGUUGAGACGGCCACACGAUUGGGUGGAAUUCCUCCCUCCUGUCCUCGCCGUUCCUCACAGCUCCAUAUCUUAAGGAUGUUUAUAGCUCUUUGGGAGACGGAGCUGUGCCGUCAAUAGCUCGGUAGACGAAAGUGUGACCCAGCCCUCAGCCUGUGCUCUAGGAUGCCGUGGUCCCCAUUCCCACUUUUCCAGUGCCAAUACUUUAGCUUGGCCUGGCCCUAGCCUCAGGAACUGUUAUGGUGCCACUGAGCCCAUGGUCAUCUCCAGAGUCCACCUGGAAGCCUGCUUCCCUCUCCGCUCCUGGUCCACCCAUGCAUGGCAGUGCCCAUGCAUGCUGGCUUACUCAGCAGCUGUCACCUAACCCCUAUCCCAGGAGGCCGUGGGGCCUCCCACCUCUCCCCAGUGACUGCAGCUACUGAGCCCUCAAGUUGGACCAUAGGACACAAGGCUGUCAGGGGACCCGAGUACCAUGACUCCUGUCCUUGGAUGACCUCUUGUCCCUGAAUUUCAUUGUACCAUGCAUGGAGAGAAAUGUUUGUCUUUCUGUUGUCUGUACAUCAAAGAAGCCAUUAAAUUGUUUUAUUUCUCAAA